GGUAGCGCAUGGGCAAGCCAGCAGGGAAUUAUUCCACAUCGCCUCACGUCUCAGAGCAUAUACGGCGUCCUCUCACACCGAGCCGCGAAUUUAAUGUGCAGCAAAUCGAGGCAGCCGCCCCCGCCUCAUUUUCUCCCCCCACCCCUAUUUUUUUUUUUAUUUAAUCGUUAUUUAUUUAAUUCAUUUGCAGCCACCAUCUCCUAGUCGGUGUGCUGCAGAGGGAAUGAUGCGGGCAGCGUGCGUCGCCGCUUCAUAGGCGCAUCCGCAGCUUCUCUGCGAGGUGCAAGGUGUCUUUGAACCUGAGACGGAGAAGGAUCUCCAGGAGGAAUCAGAGGAAGGCUCUGUUUUGACUCAAGCAUGUCGAGAUGGUGUUGGACAAGCAUCCGCUGAAGGGUGGUUCCCAUCAGGUAGCGCUGCCUCUCUUUCCCUGUAGUAUCGGGUGUGGACGAUGAUGACGAUGUUCCUGGAUAGAUCCAGACAGACCGAGCAUCGUCCUCGACGCAGUCUCCAACAGACAAAACUUUCCAGGAGCCGGAGAAUUAUUAUCAACUCACCCGACGCUCUGAGAGGCAGCGUGGUUUCAUCUCCCUCUUCUGACGACGAACGUGAGAGAGAAGAAAGUAUCCCUAGGAAGACCUGCUGAGUCACGACCAGUCAAACCUCUUUAGGUCAUCAAGGACCUGCUUUAUUCUUCUAAAGAUCAGAGAGGCGUUUCUCACUGCGGACCAUCAGAUUUAUUGAAAGAGCACAGAUUCAUAAAGGCCAUUGUGUGGAUCUCAGCAUGCUGCCAACAGGACAGAGCAAGCCAUCUGGAACUUUUCACAAAAUCCUUCGACCACUUCUGUUCAGUAUUUUUAUCCUCGGAUGUUUUGUGACUGCCUUCUUGAUGUAUUUUAAGCCAUCCACCAGCUGGUUAAAUGGUCCAUUAGAGUCAUCUGAUUCCUCAAAUCAUGUCAAGCAUGUCUUUGCAAAGAGUGACAAAAACAUGACUACGGUUCUCGUUUGGCUGUGGCCCUUUGGACAAACCUAUGAAAUGAACAUCUGCAGCUCUGCCUUCAACAUCGAGGGCUGCUUCAUCACAGCGGACAAAAACUUCUACAACAAAUCGGACGGGGUCGUCAUCCACCACAGAGACAUUGCUGGGGACCUGUCCAACUUGCCGACAUCCCAGCGUCCCCCGUUCCAGAAAUGGAUCUGGAUGAACUUAGAGUCGCCGUCGCAUUCAGCCCAGCUUCCCGGGAUUAAUAACUUGUUCAAUCUGACUCUCAAUUACCGUCAGGAUUCUGAUAUCCAAGUGCCUUAUGGGUCUAUUGUAGCAGCAGAUACUGUGGAGGACUUUGUACCACCGAGCAAAAACAAACUGGUCUGCUGGAUCGUCAGCAACUGGAAUCCUGAACAUGUACGAGUGAAAUAUUACAACGAGUUGUACAAACACAUUGAAGUUCAUGCGUAUGGACAUGCAUUUGGGGAGUACAUCGCUGACAAAGAUUACAUCCCUACUGUGGCUAGUUGUAAGUUUUAUUUGUCCUUUGAGAACUCAAUCCACAAGGACUACAUCACCGAAAAACUCUACAUCCCCCUGUCUGUGGGCACAGUGCCGGUGGUUCUUGGCACGACCAGAGAAAACUAUGAGAACUUUGUUCAAGGAGACGCUUUUAUCCACGUGGAUGAUUUCAGCUCACCCAAAGAGCUGGCUGACUACCUGCUUCUUCUGGACAAGAACGAAGAACUGUACCUUGGGUACUUUAAAUGGAGACGGCACUUUAAAGUAAACAGAGCCCAUUUCUGGGCAGAGCACACAUGCCAGGCUUGUGCUUACCUGAGACAACACAAAGAAUACAGGGCAUUCAAUAACCUUAACAAGUGGUACUGGGGCUGAUGGUGCUUAGAUGGACUAUGCAGCACUCAUCACCUCUCUACAAGGUGGGACUCGGCACACAGAAAAAAGUCAAGAACAAAAAACAGUUACUUGAUGAGACAAACAUUAAGUUGAAAAUUUAGAUGUAAUAUUUAAUUCAGGCCUUUUUGAAACACCAUCUCAUUUGUGAUUGUGAAGAUGUCACCUAUGCAGAGCACUGAAGUCAAAUGUGAAGGUAGUUUAACACUGUCGUGCAUCAUUUUGGAAAUCUGUAGCCGUCUUUAAACAUUCUUUGACGUUUACAUUUGCACUGCAAACCUAACAGAUGCUUCUCUUUACAUUUUGUGAAGAAUGAUCAAUGAUCGUAGUAGUAAUUACUCGCAGAAGGCGUGUCAUUAAGAGCUUAGUUUCUGUAGUUAGUACCCAGAAAAAAAAAAGAAGGUUAGCGUGAACAACCAGAGUUUUCAGCAUUAUCCAAGUCUUGACACGAACGAUGAAAAUAAGUAAGGAGUAUGGAGACUAUCUUACCUUCCUCUUUUUACCUUCUUUUUUUCUGUUUAACUUCUUGUUUCAAUCUAUCCUUCAACACUCCCGUGUUUACUUAAAUCUUUUUUUUUAUUUCUUGUAUUGUAAGUCCUCUUUUUCUUUCCUUUUGAUUUUCAUUCCUCCAUCUCUUUUGUACUUCCUUCAUUUUUUGAGUCCCUCUUCCCCUCUUCCUUCCUUCCUUUUCUUCUUCCUUUCUUCCUUGGUUUCCUCUUCUUCUUAUGUUUAAAUCCAAAUACUCAAAGGCAAAGAAAAGACACAUUUCUAAGAGGUUACAGAAGGAAAUGAACAAAAUUUUGCUGUAAAUCCUUUGAACAUUAAGCAAACCACCACACUCAGGAAUCAUUUCAUCCCAAUUAAACUGGUAGCAACAACCAAACACACAAAUCUGACUCCUCUGAAAAAACACCAAUAAAUUAGUGUCAACAUUUAUCAGGACCUCCAAGCAUACCGACUACUUUCCAAACUAAAUGUGACAAACUCUGAGACAGCUGUGCAAAAGCCUUCUUAAUGGCAUCGCCAAAUUAAUCACAGAACCGAUGAUGUCACGACAACAUGAACCAACGUUUGUGUUUGUUUUGUCUAUUUUUAAAGAAAAUGAUGUCCCAUCAGGUUAUCCCUGUGCCUGUCAGCCAGUUUUGUCACAGCCGAUAUAAAUCAGGCUGAUUUCGGUAACAAGUAGGCCAAAGGCAGUAUAACUCCAGGAAAUGCAAAACCUUUGAGAUGGCGUGACUAAACUUUUGUAAAAACAAAAGACAGUCUUUAACCCACCUUGACCUCCUCAAAACCAAAUGAUGUGUAACGCCAAAAGUCAAGACUAAUUCAUAGUCCAGCAACAUGUCAAGUUAUGAAAAGCCUAAAUUCUCUAAAUCAAAUUCAGUUCAGGUAUAGGACUUUUUUUGUGAUAUGAACUAACUUUUGAAUUAAAAAUUGGUGUUAAGAAGGACACUCUAAAAUGAUCGGCUGCAACAUUCAGCUCAUUGUAGCUAACAUCUCAGUUUACAGCAGCUGACAGUCAAUCCGUUCCAAAGGAGCCUCCAACGACUCGACACUGAAGAGCAUAAAGUCUCAGUGCCGAUUAAAGGUCCGUAUACACUGAGCAGAAAGUGUCACUUUUUAAAUGUAUUUGUUUUUUACAAACCCCACCAACUUGAAAUAAUUACAUGAUUGGUUGAUUUUACUAUUUGUAACCGCUCACAGGUGACUAGCAUUGGAACAGUCCUCUGGAUUUUCUUGAUGGUUCGACCAAUCACAGAACUGUUGAGGUCCUUUUAUCUACGUAGCAACAGAGCCAAACGACUUCUGAAACAAACCUGGCAAUUUUAACCCUUACCCUAAGUUGCUCUUACUUUUAACAAUAUUUAAAUUGCAAAA